AUGAUUUUUGUGAUAUCUUUAUUUCCGUUUAGGGCGUCACGGCCACGUAAGACCGUUGACUACCUCCAAGCCGCCCAAGGCUACACGCAAGACGACGAGGGCAACGAAGACUAUGUCGAGGAGGAUGAGGUGACUCCGGACGAAGAGGAAGAGAUCGGCGUGGAGGAAGUGGAGAAGGACAACGAGGAGGCGAAGGACACGGAGGUGGACGACGACGAGGAGGGUACGGAGAACGUGGAGGGCGAGGGGGAGGUGAAGGACGUGGAGGACGACGAGGAGGCGAAGGCCAUGGGGGACGUGGAGGACGACGAGGCGGCGAAGGGCAAAGAGAUGGCGGGUAACAGCGCCAUGUCCGCCGUCGAACCCGCGGUCGGCCCGAACGAGAAACAUGACGACACCACCGCCACGCACAUGAAGGCCAAGUGGGACGGUGGCAUGGCUGCAGCCGUAAUCGACGAUGAUGACUUGUUCGGCAGUGAGGACAAAGAAGAGACGGCGAACGCCGUGGAGGACAAGGACGUGGUGGCGGAGGACAACGACAAAGGCGCUGGCAGCAAGCGGCAAGUGACGGCAAUUUUUACGCGCGAAGAAGCCGCAGCUGAAGCCGCUGUCCAAGCGUCGAGUGCCAGCCGUGCGGCAGCUGCUGCUUCUUCCACGACGGCUAGGAAGAAAGCUACAGCACGAAAGCGCAAGCCGCCCCCGGGUCGAAGUGCAGUUGGUGCUUCACCUCCCAAACGUGCGAAAGUUGGGAGGAAGGAAAAGGAGCAGGCUGUUAUCACGUCAGCAAGUGACCAGCCGCCACCACGUCAUCGUGAGCGCCGCCGCACUGAAACGUGGGAGGAGCGGGAGAAGAUGGUCAAGGCGCACAACACAGUCGGCAAUUUGAAGCCACCUCUUGCCAGGAAGUCGUUCGCCUAUUGGGGCGAGUUCGAGGCAGCGCUCAAUGCCUAUCAAGACGCGAACUUGGUGCUCUACCGCGUUCGGAGCUCGCAAUCGAAAACGAACCACGACGGUCUACCCGGGGUUCAAAAGCUCCCCGAUCACUUCACCCACAAGUUCAAGGCGAUGUGGUGCACCCACGGCGCUAAACAAUCUUCGCGAGGUGAAGGCCUUCGGGAGAGUGGCCAGCGGUACACAGGCUGCGAAGCGAGCUUCACUGUGCGCUCUGUCAAGACCACCAAGACCAUCUACGAGUCCUACACGCGCGGCAAAUCCCUGCUGCUACCAGCAGCCGUGCACAAGGACCUCGGUCUCAUGGCCGAGGUGCAAACCAGUACGCCGGGGAUCAACCGCUACCUCUCGGGCAAGCUUGGUGGGUGUUCCUGGUGA